AUCUGUAAAUGUUGCAGCUAGAAAGGAAAAUGCACCGAUGGCAUGUUUGACGGUGGACUUCAAAAACAAGCUUUUAUGAGGAGGCGGAAAACAUUUGGAAAUCAAAGAGCCCUUUUGUGCUUGAGCGCGAGACUGUUUGCCCGCCUCCUCCUCGCACUUUCCAAAACGACACAAAGGGCUGUUGGACAUCUGCAAAACAUUUGCGCUCUCCGAGUGAACGCCGGCGCUCGAGGCUGCGGGCAGGCGGACGUCUCAACCGAGAAGAGUCGCCCGAAAGGAAGGACACCAUGGGACGAGUGCGAGGCCUUCGCCUGGUCUUGUGCCUUCUGCUGCUGACGCACUGCGCCCACCAGCAAGCGCCGGAAAAGAAGAAAGGCGCCAAGAAAGAGUCCACGAACGCUGCCAUCGAGGAACUGAAGAAGCAAAUCGAAGGCAUCGUUUUCGACUUGAACUUGUUGAAAGAGCAGCAGUCUCUGCAGUCCAUGUGCCUGCGCGGAACCAAGGUCCCCGGCAAGUGUUUCCUCGCCGAGCCGGUCAAGAAGACUUUCCACGCGGCCAGCGACGACUGCGUCGCCAAGGGGGGCAGCCUGGGCACCCCCGUGAACGGCGACGAAAACGACAUGCUGCACGCCUACGUGCGUCAGAGCGUCGGCCCGGACGAGCCCGUCUGGCUGGGCGUCAACGACAUGGUGACCGAAGGCCAGUGGCUGGACCAGUCGGGGUCCGACGUGCGCUUCAAGAACUGGGAGACGGAAAUCACCACGCAGCCGGACGGCGGCCGCAGCCAGAACUGCGCCACGUUGUCCACCACGGCCAACGGGAAGUGGUUCGACGAGAGCUGUCGGGCUGAGAGAGCUUCCGUGUGCGAGUUUAACAUCGUUUGACUUCACUCGCGUGACCCCCGAUCGCCUUCAAGAUGCCAUGUAAGACCAGUUAACCGCUAAGUACAUUUUUAUAUAAUCUCAUCAUUAACCGCCCGCUCGCAGGCAAUAAGCCAUUUUCAGCAUUUAAUGUUCAAGCAAGCAGAAAACCCAAGUUGCCUUCCGUUGAGUCGGAACGGGGGAGAUUUCAAGGUAAACGCCACUGGAUUCCGAUCCUUAUAUUCUUGUAUUUUUAUAGACCAAAUAAACUUUUUUUUUUUUUUUUUUUUUCCUGCAAAUGAUCCUUUGUGGCAUUUCUGUGGUGUGAAAAUUCAGUUUCAAAGUGAAGCCGUUUUUGGUGUCCAGAGCGCAGCGAGUCAUCUGCUCAACCAUCAGGGAGGGAAAAAUAAUGACGGUCAACGUUUGAUUCGUUGCAUACUUCCUGUCAACGCGAUAGCAAUCGGACCAGCGGGUCGCUUACGGGCAAAGACGAUCGCAAAAACUCUCCAAGUUCGGCUGGGCUCGAUGUUUGCUGCUGUACGUCACGGACUCAAAGGUUUCUGAGUCAUUUGAGCGGCUGACGACGCGCCGAGCGGGAAUUGUGCAAUCUCUCCCGCCCUCCGCAUGAAAUGACCUCAGAACAUUCGACGCGCCCGCAGGAAAUGAUCAGAUGAACAUGUUGAGGCAAAUAACUGCAAGAUUGAAUUUAAAAUAGCCCAACGGAGAAUUUCUGCCGAGAAACAAAACUUCUGAACCGGUCCAGAACUCCAGAACAAACAUUUAUUCCAGACGAAUGCAAUCUCGGGCCACUAAAUAAACUUUGCCAAAUUACGACUGAGGAGCCUCUGCACGUGUGCUCCAAGAUACAUUGGACGGCACUCAUUAUAGACGU